UGACAAUUGUUGUCAAGAUGGCACGUCAGCAGCAGGAUGUUGAUGAACUUUUCGAUGUUAAAAAUGCCUUUUAUGUUGGAAAUUACCAACAAGCCAUCAAUGAGGCGCAGAAUGUGAACCCUUCGUCUCCCAUGAUAGCCCUACAGAGGGACUCGUUCCUCUAUAGAUCGUACAUAGCCCAAGGUAAUUUCAGGAUUGUCUUGCAAGAACUUCGAAAUGCCGAUCCUAUGCUGCAGCCGCUCAAAAGUUUGGUAGACUAUAUGUCACCUGGUGCCAACAAACCGGCUAUUGUAGCAGAUAUUGAUGCUAGGGUUGCAAAAGGAACAGAACUAACAAAUGAGAUAUUUGUAACUGUUGCCGCUACCAUCUACUACAAUGAAGAAAACUAUGAAGCUGCCUUGAAAAUCCUACAUGGAGCAGAAUCACUGGAGCUACGAGCAUUUACACUGCAGUGCCUCUUGGCUAUGAAUCGCCCGGACCUCGCUCGGAAACAACUGAAAGCCUUACAAGACAUCGAAGAUGAUGGCACUCUGACACAGUUAGCUCAAGCUUGGCUGAAUCUAGCGCAGGGUGGUCCGGGAGUACAGGACGCCCACUACAGUAUCAUGGAGCUUGCCGAACGUUUGGGAGCGUUGGGUGCGGGGCCCGCUGCUGUAGGAGCGGCCGCCGCUGCCUCUAGAGGUAUGUGGGAGGAAGCCGAGCAGAUGUUGACGGAGGCGCAGGCGCGCGCUCCGCAACAACCUGAAUUGCUUCUGGGACUCGCUGUCACUGCCGCUCACAGCGGGAAACCGCCCGAGGUCUCAUCCCGUUACCUCGCUCAACUGCUGGACUCGAACCCAGAACAUCCGUUUACGAAGGACUACAACGCGAAAACUAACGAGUUCAAGCGUCUAGCCGCUCAGUACCAGCCUUCAGUCGCAAGCUAAACCAUUCCUUAUUAAAUAUUACGUAGAGAUGAUAUUGGUGUGUAAUGUAUUCGUAUGUUAAUAAAUAAACGUAUUCUAUAUUA